GUGCCAGCAGCAGGAGUAGGACGGAGGAAUUUGUACCUGGAAAGCGACCCCGGGCGGUGCGCCAAUAGUUCACCGGGAAGAUUGUGUGAAAGGCGGUGGGAUGCUGUGGCUUCUGCUAUGCCUGUUUCCCGUCUCGGUGGGCUGCAACGAAUCCGAAGAGCUUCAAGCAGCAGGUAGGGUUGCUGUGACAACGAGGCCUCACAUCUACCACUGCCGCUCACCCAACAUGGAAGUGUUCACUUGCUGGUGGUAUCCGCUCACCAACCAGACGGAUGACGAGGAGAUCUCCUACGUGCUCACCUAUUCCAAAGACAAAGGCCCCAAACGUGAGUGUCCGGACUAUGUGAGCGCGGGUGCCUACAGCUGCCAUUUUGACAGUAGACACACAUCCAUAUGGAACUACUACUGCAUGAACGUCACUGCGGUGACGCGACACCAAAACUUCACUUCGCAGGAGCACUGCCUGGACGUGGCUGAGAUUGUUCAGACCGAAGCUCCAGUUAACCUGACGUACAAGCUGAUGGACGUCGGCGGGGACGAGAUGGGUCAUGAAGUGCUGCUCUCCUGGGCGUAUCCGGUGCCCUCCGACCUGAAGUAUGGUUGGAUUACACUGGUGUACGAGCUGCAGUACAGACAAGUUAGCGAGCCCAACAAGUGGAAGGUCAAGGAGUCAUUGCGAGAACCUGAGGUUAAGCUGCUCGGCCUCCCUAAUAGUGACUACGUUGUUCGUGUCCGCUGCCGCUCACGCAACUAUGGCCUGUGGAGCAAAUGGAGUCAGCCGAUCCUGAUGAGCAUUCCCGCCCAGGCCCCAGCAGCAGAUGUACUUCUCGUGCUGAUUCUCGUGAUGAGCAUCAGCGCGGUGGCACUGCUGGCCAUCGCCGUGCGUGUCCUUCCGCAAUGUGUGAGAGUCAAAGACUUCUUUCUGCCGCCGAUUCCAAAACCGCACAUCAUUGGUAUUGACCGACUGCUCCUGAAGAAGGGGAACCUUGAUGAAAUCAAUCGUCACCUUUCCAACUUCCAUAGCUUCAUACCUCCCAGCUUCUUGGAAACGGAGGUGUGGGAGCAGGUGAGCCCCGACAGCAUCCAUCUGGCUUUGCCAAAUGAGUGCACACUUCCCAUAAAGCCGCCCAGCCAGGCGAUGGACCCCCUCAUCAUCCCAAAUGACUUAGCCGCCACCACUGCCCAUCAUCCACCCGCCAGCCCCUACUGCAUGGCUCCUACGUUAUCGCCGCCACCGGCCGCACCGUCUGCCUGGCCUGGGAUGGUUGGUCUGACAGAGAAUGGCUACAGCACCACAGGCCCACCAGCCGCCAUCACCAAUACGUAUCCGCCGCAGGAUUUCUACAGCUGCGUGAAGCUCAUCGACAGCGAAGCGUUGCAUUUGAUGUCGUGCUUGCCCCUGGUGUAUUGUGAGCCUCCGCCUGUCCCGAAGUUUGAUUUAUAUGUCAGCGCAAAUGAAGAAGAGCAGGGCAAAAAGCUGAAUGACGACCAAGUCAGAAAAAAAGAUGGCGGCGAGUCCAAGGAGAGCGAAGCCACCCUCCCUCUGCAGCCUACAACGGUUGACAAUAAGAUCUGAGUGCAUGAACGAUGUGCAGGUGGAACAAAGUCACAUCUUGACUUGAGUCCCAAGAACUCCACAUCCGUGGAGUAAACUGUAUUCGUGCUCCAACCUCUGGACUUUGACUCCAGUCCCAAGCAAUCAUGUGACCUGGGUAAUGACAUCAAAUGAGCUGCUCUGUCUCGACCAUCAUCGCCAUAUAAAUCUGGAUUGGAGUCUUGACAAGUGAGCAUAUGCAAGUAAAGAAGAUCCCCCACCCGUUCGCAGGGGUUGAUGCCCAUAAAAACAGCGCCUGGGUUUGGCUGCUGUCUUGAGGACCCCCCACGGGGUGCGGGGUGGGGGUAGGUAAGGCCAAUAUGGCCAUAUCGCAAAAGGGGUGUCAAACUUGUCCAGGUUUUUUAUUUUUAUUUUAAUGAUCAAAUCAACAUCUCGUUCGAUUAAAGGGGACAUAUUAUGCUUAUUUUUAAGCCCUUUGUAUUAUUGAGUUGUGGACUCUAUAGAGCAGCUACACACAAUAACCAGCACAGAAAGUUUUCUCGAUAUUCCAGAACCUGCCCCUAUUCCAGCUGUAUUUCUUUGGAUUUGGUGCUUCCGGCAAAAAACGGUCUCUUUUAAUUUAUUCCACACACGGCCCCCACCAGGCCUCGUUUAACACGAGAAUACAGCAUUCUAACUACAUUUAUAGGUCAGAAAAGUGGAAAAAACAUAAUAGGUCCCCUUUUAUCACCUGCCGGUGAAACAGGUUGGAGAAAAAAUCUGCAGUGUAAAAAAAAAAUUGUUAAAUGUGAAAAAAAAAUCAAACUAAAUAUCAAAGUCCUAAAACCAAUACAUGUGUAUGUUUAGUAUAGAAAAUGCAAAAAUAAAAACAACCGCUUUGUGCUGCAGAUGUGCGCUGGUGAGGAUGCCGUAUGCCUGGUGUCAUGUGGUAUGUUUGCUAAGGCAAGUUUGAAUGCUCAUGUUUUGUUGUUGGAAGCAGAAAUGGAGCGUUAUGGAUGGAAAACCUACUUCUAGAAUUUCUAUGUAUUUUAAUGUGUUUUAAAAAAGAAAUGAAAUGACAUUAGGUUUGCAAUUUGGAUAAAAUAUUUUAUAACUAUUGCCCUGUGUUUUAGGUAUUUCGUGAAGGAAAGGUGCAUUGAGGCAAAUCUUUAAUAAUAAUCUUUUCUGAAUGUUCCUAAAUAGGAUUUUUACUCACAAACAUUUUGAAUUUAAAACCAGUAUCAUAAAUAAACAAAUCUUAUUUUGAGCUGACACAAAUAAAGACAUGUUUGUGUCAGUGUGAGAGGUCUCACUCGCUCACAUUUUGUAUUUGCUGAACGUUUGUGGGUAAGAUUAAGAGCGCAUAUGAUAAUAGUAAAGAUAAAUAGUCAUACAAAGAUAUGAGCCUGCCGUGGUGUAGUAGUUGGCUAGGACUUUGGAGCGGACGCAUCGGGUUUGAAUCUCCACUAGUAAGGAUCCUCGGUAUCCGUCAGGAAGGGCAUCCAGAAUUUAAAGGCGUCAAGCCAAAUAUCAGUAUCCGGAUCAAAAAGAUCCGCUGUGUCGACUCCGUAAUCAGGAAAAAGCUGAAAGAAACAAAAUAUGCAGUAUUGUUUCAAAUAAUGGCCCAUAGUUCCCAAAUUGAUAUCCUUUUUAAAUAAAAUUUGAUGUACUGUAUUUUCCAGACUAUAAGUAACACUUUUUUUCAUAGGUUGGCUGUUCCUGCGACUUAUACUCCAGAGUGACUUAUAAAUGAAAAAACUGUUUAUGUUCCAUAAAGACUGGACACCUUUUCUGUUCAUGUUUAUUUUUCAUGUAGCUGAAUAACCAUUGGCGGCA